AUGAAAAACUUUAAGAGAAAUUUGGAACUUUGUUCGGGCUGUUACAACACUGAUCCAAUUAUUAGGCCACUGUGUGAACUAGAUGGCACUGCUUUGCGAGAUAUUUUGCCUGAGAUUCCUAUCUGGGUGGACUGGUUGAACAAGUUUAUUUCGGAAAUGUGGCCUUACCUUGACAAGCCUCGUGUAGACUUUGGUCUGAAAAUACUGGGAGGGGAUAUAAUGUCCAUACCCGGCCUUUAUCGAUUUGUUCAGGAGACUAUUAGAAAAGAAGUUGCCAACCUCUACCUCUGGCCCCAAUUUCUUGAAAUACCAGUCAUUGAUGCUUCCACAUUGGCCACGAGCAAGACCGUAGGGAUACUGCAUGACACAAGCAGUAGUGAUCCUCAAAGCAGUAAGAACAGAGGGACAGUUGUGGUGGAGCUGACGUAUAAUCCUUUCAAAGAAGAUAGUGAUGGGUCUAGUGGACCUCUGGAUGCCGAUGGGCGGAAUGAAAGUAUAAAUGAUAGGGCAUUAGGCAAUGAGAGCCCCAAUGGAGCAGGUGUACUUUUGGUUACAGUUCAAGGAGCUGAGGAUGUAGAGGGAAAGCAUCACAACAAUCCGUAUGCUUUGGUACUUUUUAGAGGAGAAAGGAAGAAAUCAAAGGUAAUCAAGAAAACUCGCGAUCCAAUCUGGAAUGAAGAGUUUCAGUUUAUGCUUGAAGAGCCUCUGGUAAGUGAGAAGAUCCAUAUUCAGGUCAUGAGCAAGCGAAGCAGCCUUAGUCUCCAAUCAAAGGAGUCAUUGGGGCAUGUGGAUAUUAGUCUUCCUGAUGUUGUACAUGACGGACGCAUCAACGAGAAAUACCAUUUGAUAGAUUCAAAGAAUGGAAUGAUACAUGUUGAGUUGGAGUGGAAGACAAUUUGUGAACCAGGAUGA